AUGUCUGUUCGCAUGGAUGCUUCGCUUUACAGCGAGGUGGUUCGAAUCGAGCGCGGCGAUUUUCUCCGCUUUCACUGCGAGGCGCUCUCUCAUCUCCGUGGGGAUGUUCAGCGGUAUUUUUUUGGCGUUUACUACCCCCGUUGGCAUGCCUUUUAUCUCGAGGAGGUUCGCUCGAUCAUCGGGAACAUGGGCUACACGACCUUGCGGCACUUCCCCGCCUUUCCCCUCGAUGUUUACACCAACGAAAAGGGUGAAACCUACCUCACGGAUGACUUUCAGGUCGGAAACGUCCUCGUCAUCGGGCCCCCCCGCAACCAGCGGGAUGACGAUGUGAAACGUUUCAAAAUUGUUCGUGUGGAGGAUGCGGAGUUGCGGACUCGAACCGGGCGGCAACGCCACCCCGAAACGACCUCGUCGACGAUGCUCAUCUCCACCGGCCGACGUCUUCCCGUGGCGCCCCCCGAGGAGGUUCAACAGCUGCUUCGGCAGCUCCGUGAGGCCUACAUCGCGCACGCCGGGGGAGGCAUCCCGGAGAUCGGGAUUAAGGCGAUGGGGAGGCCGUUUCGCGAGGUCGACGCGGAUGGCCGGCGGUGGAUGGGGCUCGCGGGGAUCGAAACCCUCGUUCGCGAUUCCCGGGCGUUCGGCGCGAAUCCGUUUUCGGCUUCCCGCGCCUCCUGGGCGGCGUCGGCGCUCUCGAGCACCACGCAAGCGCGGGAGGAUGUUCGCAGCAUCGCCGAGGUGAUCUACAACGCCUUUCCGCACGACGAGCUCGACGAGCGGGGUGAAUCGCGAGGGGUUGACUACGACGUUUUCAUGGAUUACAUCCGCGGCACGAUGAACGAGGUGCGCAAGAAGGCGGUGUGGGAUGUGUUCUGCCAGCUUGAUUUUGAUCGAGACGGGCAGAUCGCAAUUUUGGAUAUUCAGGCUCGGUUUAACGCACAGGAGCACCCGGUGGUGGUGCGGGAUGGCUUUUUCACCGCGGAGGGCCUUUUGAAAGGGUUUCUGGCUUUGUGGGAUCAAAAUCAGAAGGAGUACGGGAUGGUACCGUAUGCGGAGUUUCUGGAUUACUACAAUGGGCUUAGUGCGAUCAUCGAAGACGACGCGGUGUUUCUUAGUAUUCUCCAAACCACAUGGAAGCUGCCUAGCUGGGGGAAGUCCCUUUUUGCCCUUAAGUGA